CUACAUGAAUUAAUCAGUUAUCUAAUCGGAUCGAAUAAUUAUUUUCCAGAUUAGUCGAACUUGAAUCCAAAUACCCUAUGACCCGAAACAAAUAUGAAAACCUAAACGGAUAUGGAUACGAAUUUGAAUUCAGAUUUCGACUAUCCUACAUCCCUAAUGGCAAAUUGGCAACUGGUAGUCUGGUACUCCAGAUGCGGUUAGGAAGACUCGAAAUCGAGGCCAACGGCCAAGGCCAGCUAGAACGAGACAGGCGCUAACCAACCAAGCGACAACUAACAAGGGUAGAUGCAUGUCACGACCGGUGGACUCACCGCAAAAAAAUUGCCGCACGGCUCGCACCGCAACGAUGCGAUCAAUUUUUUCAAUCGAAGUCAGCAAUCAGUUAAGAGCAAAUUGAAGGGUUAUACAAUGUGGAAACUCAAUCUGCCUUUUCUAGAUGGAGACGAAGAGCAAGAAGGGAGCUUGCUUGGUGAAUCUGAUGGCCUGUGUUCGCUGUCUCCAAUGCAGAGAAUAUAUGGAUUUGCAGCGUCUCUUGUUGCUGGCCUGGCUUUUAUGCUUCUGUCAUUGAUCGUUUUCGCCAAGCCCAUCAAGUUCGCAAUAAUGUUCAGCUUUGGCAACAUAUUGGCAGUGGGAAGCACAGCCUUCCUUAUUGGGCCAGGACAGCAAAUAACAAUGAUGCUUGAUUCUUCUCGCAUUUAUGCAACAGCUAUAUAUAUUGGGAGUGUUCUUCUAGCUCUUAUUUCUGCUCUUUGGAUUCAUAACGAGGUCUUAACACUACUUGCUAUGAUAAGUGAGAUCUGUGCGCUUAUUUGGUACAGCUUAAGUUACAUUCCUUUUGCUCGUAGAAUGGUCUCUGAAUUGUUCAUCCGUUGUUGUGACACUGAGAUAUAGAUGGGGCUCCCUCCUGGACUCGGCCCUCAAAUGUGAGAUUGACCAUCUUGGAGAGUCAUGAAGCCUCCAGAUUUGACCUUCUUUUGUAGUUUCUUUUUGUGUGCAUGAAGGGUGUUAUUUGUUUUGACAUUGGGCCUUUUGUGGCCUAAGAGGGUGUCUUUGUGUUCCCUAUGAGAUUGGUUAUUGUGAAAGCAUUACAGGUGUUCUUGGAUUUCUUGAUCAGGAUCAUCAUAUGUUUACUGUGGGCUCAGACGUUGGUACGCGUGCCUACUUCACCGCAGCUACCAUGAUCAUAGCAAUUGUUUGCUUACGUUUGUUUUUGGAAUACUUUGGCUCAAUUCUCAGUUAGAAGUCUGACUUCCAUCUCAAACACUACAAUUUAAUGAAAAUUCUUUGAUAUUAUUAUUUGUAUAA